GAGUAACUGUAACAAUGAAGUAAAGAAUGAACUUCGAAACCAUUACGAGCGGCCGUAUUUUCUUCCCAACGACUCGGAGUCGAGCUCAUUAGAUUGGAUAUUUAUGGGCGGUUCCGGGCCGGGAGCACUCAUACAUUUGGACUAUGUACAGAGACCCUCUUGGCAGGCUCAAAUAUCCGGGAAGAAAACUUGGACACUUAUACCACCCCCGGAAUGUGAGAAGGUGUGUAAAGCCCUUAAUGUGACUGUUCAUAAAGGAGAUAUUUUUGUUAUUGACACGAAUGUAUGGUACCACUCUACAUUCAUCCAUCCUGGAGAAAUCAGCAUUACAAUCGGAUCGGAGUAUGACUAAAGUUUAAACGACACAGAAUCGGACCUGAUAAAAAUUAUUUAUUGGAACUAUAUUGUAAAACAAUGCGUGUUUAACAAAGGUUAACUGUGAUAUAAAAAUACUUGACCACCCAGACAAUGAUAUGAAAGCCACAGUGACUUAUUAUGCUUGUGGACGCGUUCUAUGAACGUAGCUCUGCCUUGUAGAUCUGAUCUUCGUUCUCAUCAAUUAUACCGAAGAGACACUAAUCUAAAUUGUUCAUAUUGUAUUUUCUUAUUAGUAUGAAAGAUUAUUUGGGUGUAAAUUGCAUGUUCAUGAAUAAAUGCAAUGUCAUA